CAGAGAUGUGCUGAUAUCCUAACAAGCUACUACACAUGCAUGGGAAGAACAAAAAAAGCUAUUGUUCAACUUUGUUCAACUUAUUUUACAUGUGGCUAUAAAUGAAAUAUAGCUCAAAGUAUGAAUUACUUUUAAUUUGAAGAAUGUGAAAUGUCACCUCAUGAGAACUUGGUCAUGGCUUAGGCUGAUUUUGAAAACAUAUUUGACUCACCCUCACACUUCAAAACACAUCAAAAUAGAUGAUAGAAUGUUAAGUAGUUUAAUAAUUUUGUUAACAAUAAUAAUCUUCUAGAGCAGGGUUUCCUAACAUUUUCUGAAUUCCCAAACGCCCUACAGAUCUUUUGACUAACUCUCGCACCCCUUACUGAGGUACUGGUAACAAACAGCAAUGCAUGUUCCAUUUAAAGACAAUUAUAAACUUUACAAAAUAAACUUGUGGCUUAAAAUGAUACAUCAACUAAAUUUUGAAUUGAAGUUUAGGAAGACAUAAACAUUUAUGUCAUGACUUAAAAAUCAAUAGCUCCUCUUUCAUAUGAUUGCUUUUUCUCGCAUCCCCUCAAAUUUCUCUUAGCGCUCUUGGAGGAGCCAAGGUCCCAGAAUUUGUAAACCCAGUUCUAGAGUUCCAGAAUGGAAAUGUCAUCUUUACAAUUUUACAUUGCUUUCAUAAAAUAUUCUAAUGCUAAUCGACAUUUGUUAUACUUAUACUCUUAAAAAAGUAAUUUAAAAAUUGAUAAAUGUUGAUGCUGAAUAAGUUGAUGUGUCCAGGAAUGGGUGUUUUUAAUUCUCCAACAGGUAGGAAACUGUUGAAUAAUAAUAACUGAGCACCAAUUUUUUUUUUUUUACUAGGCUCAACAAACAAUUUUGUUCUAAUUGAAUUAGUUAAACAAGCUUAGUGGGUUUUAUAAGUUAAAGCAAAAACAAAUGUUGGUUGUAUAGUAAUACCUUUCAGGUUUGUUUCUUACAGAAAAUGUCUUGGGCUGCAUACAUUACAAAUCUUGAAACAGGAAAAGGGAGAUGCAAAUAUGCUGCAAUUUAUGGCAAACAGGGAGGUGUAUGGGCAGAGUCAAUAGAUAAAUCCCUUUUUCAGCCAUCAGCAGAAGAAGUUGCUGCUGCAACUAAGGCAGUUGUCAAUCAAGACAUGAAUGUAAUGGGAACUGGUUUAACAGUAAGUAUUGAUACAUACCGGUACGGGUUGUUAAAGUUAAAAGUAGAAGUUUUUUGUUUGUUUGGGAAGUAAAAGAUAUAAUUUUAGUAUUUUUUCAAGAAGUGAAAGUUUAAUACUAAUAACUGCACUGAUUCCAAUUAUGCUGUACUCUUAUAUUAAAUUAUUAAGUUUAUUAGUUUUCUUGCUAUAAUCUUGUUAAAUUUUCCUUUAAUUAAUGAAUUCAUUGAAUAUGUAUAUUCCUCUUUCCUGCAUUGAAAUAAAAUAUUUUUAGAUCAAAAGGCAUGUAAUUAUGUUACCUUAAUCACUUCCAGUCUUAUCUUAGUCAACACUUUGACCAUUUUCUUCUUUUAUAUUUUGAGGGCCUACGAUCAAAGUAUUGAUCAUUCUGGCUCCAUUUUUGCCUUUUAAAUAGGAUAAACAAAACAAAUUCACUUUUUUAAUGUAGAUGGGUGGAGUCAAGUUUACAUGUUUGAGAAUGGAACCAGACAUAUUGAUCUGUCAGGGAAAAGGAGAUAAUAAAGACUACAGCUUAGUUAUAGCAAUCUCAAGUAAGUAUAUCUUGCCAACAUUGGUGUUUACGAUUAACUCAUUCCUUGCAGCAGUGCUACUUCUGUUCCUAUAUUAUAUAAUUACUGUCUAGUGGGCCCAUGCAUUGAGACUGUGCUGGGAAUUUGGGAGCAGUAGAUGGGGGGGGGGGGGGGGGGGGAUUCAUGUACUUCUGUUUGUCAUUUUUAUUGGAUGGAAUAAGCUACUAAAUAUCAAUUACAGUUAAUGAAUUAAGGACUUAUUCAUCAAAAAUGAAUAAAAGUUUAAUAGAAAUAUAACAUUAGCUGUGAAAAACAAUUCCGAAAAAUUCUAUUUCUGCACUUUGGACAAACACAUGCUACAUAUAGACAUGCCAUGCUAAAUCACAUAUAGUAUAGUUUACAAAUGAAACAAGAUAAAAAAAAACUUCUGUUUUUUUAAUUGAAUUCACGCCAUCCCUGGAAGGCGUGAGGGAUGCAAGAUUUCAUUGCUAUUUUAAACUAAAAUUGCGAGAGGCGUUUCAAUAUGCUCCAGGAUGCAUUUGGAAGCUUCUGUCAAAACCCCUAAAGGACACAUUUAGUUGCAACCGUCGGAAAUAAGUUAAAGAUAAAGCUCUAUGGAGCCAUUUAUACAUUACAUACAUGCUGAGGGUAGGGGGUAGUGUUGAUUUGGGAGAUGUUGCAUGCAGGUGUAGGGGAGGGGUCUUUGCAGGAGGAGUACUAAAUAUUUGUGCUUUGAAAUUUAAUAAAAAGUCUCUUGAAAGAAUGUCACCAUAAAGUCUAUAAAAAUUCAACAAAUUAUCAUUUUACUGGCACUUAUGCUUUGUUUUCACAAAUGUACUCCUUAGGUUACCCAUCAUAGAAAGUGAUUUUAUGAUUUUGAUCAUUUUCUUGUUUUAUUUAAUAAGAUAAAAAUGAGAAAUAAACAAUGGAUCACUUCAUUUCUUUGUAAUUUUUUUUAAAGUUAAAAGUUUCUAAAUACAGGUAUAGUUGUGCCCUUUUGCUUGGUCUGAUAGGACUCCAAGCGGUAACAAGAAAAAUUAAUGAAUUAUCUCCCCUUAGAUAUACAAGCGUUCUGCCUUGUUUUACUUCAUUCCUAAAUAGAUAAAUCACAACUGUUACGCUGUUUAAUCUCGUCUUUGCCAAAUUUAGAGGUUUCUUUUACAACAAAAUCUAAUAAUUUUGUCCCCAAUGGCCUCCUAUGACGAAUUUGAUAGCAACUGAAGUGUAAUUAUAGAUAAUUUAUCAGUUAAUUAUGCUAGCUGUAGUAAUACAGUUUCCUUUAUUUACAUUAUCAAAGUGACAUCAAUAUUCCCAGACUUUUAACUUCUAAAAGCUAUUGAGUUUACCAUAUUAAGUUUAAUGAACCCAGAAAACAAUAAAAAAUGUAAGUCUUGUGUAAUCGAGGUGUAUUGAAAUUCAUUUUUAAAAUAUAAAGGCAAAUCAAUUGUUUGUACCUGUUAGCAUAAAUUCCUUCGGAUUUGUUGGAUAAAUGAAAAAAUAAAAAUAAUUUUUAUUUUAUCAAAAGCUAUUCAUGAGAUUUUGUAAAUAAAAUUUUGUGCUACUAUUUAACAGACCAAGCUUGCAUUAUUGGACUGAAUCCUGAUGCAGAUACAAAGACAGCUCAAGUACGUGAUGCUGUGGAAGUGAUUCAAGUUUACUUGAAGGGUGCUGGCUAUUAAUUUAUAAUACAUGUAUUAAAUCUUUGAAUGCUAGCUGAUAUUUUACAAAUUGGAGGAAAAAAAAUGAAGUAUUGGUCGAUUCACUUAUUUUUGUUUUUUCACUUAUGUUUACUGCAGAAAAAAGGUAAAAUUUGGUCUUUGAAAUAUUAUAUACUAUUGUUAAAAUGUUUCUGUAGAAAAUAGAAUUAGUUAAAUAAUUUUGACUUGAACUAAUUUUGCUGAAUAUGUUGAAAAUUGUUUAAUUAGAAUUACCAUUGACAUUUUAUGACCAGCUCUUCUGCUUCUUUAACAAAAAUUAUCAAUUCACUGUCAUAUUUGAAUAUUUUACAGAACAUAAAUUUGUUGCAAAAGAUUUACAUAAAAUUCAUGGUUCUAAAAUUCUUGGUGUUCUGCUGAUAAUCUUUUCCCAUAAUUCAGAACUAAAACAAAAUUAAGAGAAAUUACUGGAUUUUUUUGAAUUGCAAUAUGGAACAGAACAUUAUUUAAAACUAAUUUUACAAACACUGUUGAAGGUUUGCAUUCAUUUACUCUUGCUAUAAAUGUGCUAUGUUUUGUAGGGUAUCAUGUAUUUAAUGAAAUAGUAUGUCUGGUUUGAAGCUAAAGCAACAAGGUAAUGCAACAGUGAGACAUGGGAACAGAAGGUUUAGUAAUAACAAAAAAGUUCUUGUUUUAAUUUUCAUUGCUUUUAAUUUUUGGGACGUUUUUUUUUUUUUUUUUUUUUUAAAUUAUUUUUUUGUUUACCAGUACCAAUGUCUGAAAACUGGGAAAGCAUUAAAUUUUUUUUAGAAACUUUAGAAAACAUGGCAUUUUUUUUUUUUUUUUUUUUUUUUUUUUUUUUUGGGUGGUUUUUUUUUUUUUUUUUUUUUUUAAAUUAUUAUUUUGUGUACCAGUACCAAUGUCUGAAAACUGGGAAAGCAUUAAAUUUGUUUUAGAAACUUGAGAAAACAUGGCUGUAGUACCAUUUGAAUGUUAAAGCUUGUAUGAUCAACAAGACUGAAAAUGAAUGAAGUUAGGUAGACUUAUGUGAUAAAGCGUUUGCGUUACAAAAUAUCUUCCUUAACAAAUAUUUUUGACACGUAAUAGGAUUUCCUUCCAUACAGAAAUACUUUGUCUGCACAUGGCUCUAUCAUUACUGUUCAACUUUUAGUACAGCAGGUAAAUCUGGGCUUUGGUGGUAAUAUUUAUACUUGUUCCUGCCUGCUUGAUAAUGACUUGUUUUUGUCUUGUAUUAGUUCAUGUGGGAAUGUAUUUACUGGGGCUCAUCUCUUUUAUUUCUUUUUUACACAGGCCUCUAUUGUAUUUUUAAAUGUUUCAUUGGCUUAUUUACACACACUCUUAACUCAUGAGGAAAGGGUCUGUUCUUCUGACAGUACUACAUUAUGCUGCUUAGAGUUAAACCUUUUCCUUCGUAAUUUUGAGACAAACUCGAAGUAAUCAAUGAAAAGAUGACCAGUUGGGCAUUCUUUCUCCAUUUUUAGCUUGCACUAUGUAGCUGACAGAGAAGCUAUCUGGCUGCUUUUCAUUUCUAGAGUUUGUUCCUGCUGUAGGGCUCCAGUUGUGUAUUCAGUGCCUCCUCUUGUUUGCAAAUUAAGCCGCAUGUAGUGAGGAAGUUUUGAAAGAUCUUUGCCAGCAAUGUUCAUUUUUUUGGUCAUUUCUAUUUUAAUGUAAGAUAUUGCUCAUGUAUUUUGAUAAAUUACUACAUUUCAAUUAUCUAUAAUAUAAUACAAACACUGUAAACUUGAUUAGCUUACAUUUUUUUUCAACACAUUAAAGAAAAUAAAUUCUGAAUUAUU